AUGCAGCGUGAGAACAAUGACCACCUGGUGAUAUCUUCCGACUCUGACCAUCCAGCAAACCUGAUUCCAGAGCUAUGUAGAAAGUUCUACCAAUUGGGCUGGGUGACUGGCACUGGCGGUGGAACAUCGAUCAAGCAGGAUAAUCUCAUCUAUAUUGCUCCAUCUGGCGUGCAGAAAGAGCUCAUCAAGUCCGAAAAUAUCUUCGUGCUCUCCUUCCCUACACCAAAAUACCCUCCCUCGGAUCGCAAGUAUAUCCGUAAGCCAAUGGAACUGAAGCCUUCAGCUUGUACGCCAUUAUUUCUUGCUGCUUUCGAAAGGGGCGCUGGUUGCUCAAUCCACACUCACAGCCAGUGGGCUGUCCUUGUCACUCUUCUCGUCGAGAAAGUUCAUGGCAAGGGCGCCUGUUUCGAGAUCAGCAACAUUGAGCAAAUCAAAGGUAUUCCCCGCGGACGAACCAAAACUGGGAUGCUAGGCUUUCAUGACACAUUGAGAGUCCCCAUCAUAGAGAACACGCCAUUCGAAGAGGAUCUAACGGGGAGUCUCGAAAAGGCGAUGGAAGAAUACCCAGAUACGUACGCCGUGCUCGUGAGACGGCAUGGAAUAUCAGAAAUAAGCGAGCUCUUUCAUGAUCGCUGGUCCCAGAUCCAAGCCGAAACUUGCCGGGCUACCCUCCAAGAAGCCGCCUUCGAAGGCAGAAUAGUCACCAAGAUUGGAUGCUCUACGAGCUCCAAAAUAAGCGACUCCCUAGCCCACGACGACUUCGGCGAUGGCAGCUUCUACAUUCUCCACGUUCCCGGCCACGCCGUCAGGCACAUAUCUGGCCUCGUUCGAACCACACCAGACGGCACCUUCGUCUCCCUCGCCGGAGAUGUCUGCCAUUUCGGAGUCUCUUUUUGGCUCACAAAGUAUAUUCCCUUGUCAUCAAUGUUCCUACCAGUGACGAAGUUCAACGCUAGGAUCAAAACACCCUGUCAAUGCACCGCAUUCACCAUGUGUCAUCCCGACCAGGAGAAGGGUCGCCCGUCACCCUUCCACCGUGCCAGAAUUGCUGGAGAAUCAUGGUACAUGGAUACGCCUACCGCGCAGAACCCAAUCAACAGCUUCGAGACCUUCGAUGCACAUGAGGACGUCUUGGUUGUGAUGGCACAUGGCCAGGCCGCUAUGAAUAAUUAG